GAGCUUUGGCUGAGUGAUGAGUAAGUGUGUGCGUGCCUUUGUCUCUAGCUAAGUGAAUGAGUGAGUGAGCAAGCCAGAGCGAGCCAUUGUAGGAAUUUUUUUUUGCAUUCAGUGUAUCUAAAUGUUCGGCGCGUAAUAUCCACCUUUGUACAGUGAGUAAAAUUCAUCCGGAUUUCGCAAAUGAUGAAAUUUUUCCGCAGAGAUUGAUUAUAAUAAAAAAUCCAUCGAUCGUCGAAUAUUUGUCCAAAUAUCAAUAUAAUAUAAUAUAUUAAUUCAUAUUUUUUCGCAAACGUUUUGUGAAUCAAAACACAAUUUUUAGCUGUGAAUGAAAGCGAAGCAAUAAAAACAUAUAUAUAUAUAGCUCUUUGGUCUACGUGCAAAACGAACAGCUUCAAAAUAUUAAGUAAUGCGCGAAAGAGACAACUAGUGUGCUCAACAUUUCAUACACACGCACACAUUCGGCCACAGUAUCGAGAGAUGUAAUACGAAUGGACUGUGUGUGAACGAUAUGAUUGUGAGUAUAUGUUUGUCGUGACCUAAACAAUGGCGUCAUUUAAAGAACGUAGUAAUUCAAGGAAAGUUGACAGCAAUGAUGCAGAGACAAAUGAAAAUCGCAGCGAAAAAUUGCGUUUAUCUCGUUUAAAUGUGGCAAAUAGUGAGUUUAUUGUGAAUAUUCCAAGUGAAUUAACGAUGGCAGAUCAUUUAUCGACCAUGGACAAUGUGAUAGUUCCAAAUCGUGUUCAAUUACAAUCGAUGGUGGCCAACAAUAAUGAUGAUACAACAACACAUUCAGACACAUCAUCUGGACAGACGGAUUGUAAUUCAAAUGCAAAUCAUGGCAAUUUUGAGGCUGAAAAUAUUGUUAGCUCAACGCAAGAAACUGUAAAUGAUGCAGCAUUUAAUGUGAAAUUGUGUAGUGAUAGUUUGGCUAGCAUUAUAAACAAAUGUGACGUAAUGGAUGCGAAAUUACAAAUGCCACCAAAAUCAAUGGCAAUCGAACAACAGCACAUAACAAACAACGAACAAAGUUACAUAGCUGUAACCACAGCCAGUGCAUUGUCCAGUCAAAACAGAAAAAUGAUGGAUGAUGAACCCAAGCGCCAUUUGCAUAUCAGCGAUUCAUCAAAGGCGAAAUCAAAACCACUGGAGAGCGAUACCUCCGCUGUGCGAAGCAGUCAGAAAAAAAAGAAAAAGGAUAGAGAAAGAGACAAAGAUAGAGAUAAGGAUAAAUUGCAUCGGCACAAAAGUCAUUCGUCAUCAAAAUCGUCGUCGUCGUCGUCAUCUUCAGACAGCAAAUCAACCGUUUCAGCAUCGAACGGGAAAAUACAAGUGAGUCAUCAUCAAUCGGAUCAUGAUGUUGGUCGUAGUCAAAGCGGCAAUCAACACUCACACGACAAAAAAAACAAAUCCGACGGCAAAAGUGACAAAUGCAAAUCGCCUAGUACUUCAAGCUCAACUAAGCCUACUUCAUCGACAAAUCAAAUCAAUUCAAUUGAACUGAACGGAAAUCAUUCGAUAAACGAAAGUGCCUCACGCAAUGAGUUGAUUAAGUUGGACGGUGAUUUGAGCGCUUCGGAGGAGAAAACCAAUCCAAAAUCACAGCAAAUCAACAGCAAUGAUAUGACAAACAAUCGACUGAGCAGUUCGGAAGAGUUGAAUAACGUUCCCGACACAACAACCACCGAUGUAUGCACUGACAUCGAGCCAACAAAUGCAAGCAAAAUGAGCCCGUUGCCAGCUGCCAAACCGCAUGUUUUGCCAAAGUCUGAGCGUAAAGUGUUCGUGCCAUCGAAUGUCAGUUUUCCGGAGCGUAAGCCAACAGAAGCCGCUGGAAUUGUCAUCAAAAAAGAUUAUCUACCACCACCCACCAAAGUGAUCAAAGUAGAAAAAACGCGUGACGAUGUGACGCGCGUAUUGAACUAUGACACUGAGCCGAAUGCGGUGCGAAGCAUUAGCACGGCGAUGAGCGUGAUUGGCGGCGAUACAAAGUCCAUUGAGGAGAAAAUCAAGGUGGAACCGUUGGAAGCACCUAUCAAAAUUGAGCCAAGUGAUAAAAAGAUCUCUGAUGAAAAGCAAGCGAAAAAAUCAAUAACUAACAGUCACAUAUCGGAGAACAAAGAGAAUUCAAUGCAUAAAAUUGAAACGAUAAAAAAACCGAAAGAAGAGAAUAGUCCAAGCGUAAAGAUAAAAUCGGAAUAUAAAUCACGUGAAAGUAGUAGCGAGAAGAAGGAGAGCAAAACAUCAAGUGGCUCAUCGGAGCACCGUCAUCAUUCAUCAUCGUCAAAGUCUUCAUCAAAAUCAUCGUCGCAUCGAAGUAGUAGCAGCAGCGGUGGCAGCAAUCGCGAUUGCUCACGAUGCUAUCGACGAUCCAAGAUUAAGCGAGUGAAUACCGGUGUUCAAUGUUGCAAGUACGGUGAACCGUUCAAAUAUAUAACACCGACAGCAACACCGCUCAAAAGUACACAAACUCUUGCCUGCAAUAUGACCGACAGCCUGUACAGUGAUUUGAAGUAUGGCCGCUAUUUUCACAUUGAAGUCCAUACAAAUGGCGGUGCAUCGAUUGUGCACAUGUAUCAAAAUGAAAUCGAUAGCUUAAGUGAUAGCGAAAUGGAGGAAUUAACCGAGGAAUUCUUUCGCGUUGUGUUCAGUGAAAACGAAGACGGAUACGCACAUCAUGUUAUGGGCAUUGUUCACGAUGCAGCCCGCUAUAUACCCGAUCUGCUGGAACACAUGGCUGACAAUUAUUCAACGUUAACCGUUAAGGCUGGUGUUUUGGGGCGAAAUUCAGAUAUUGAAACCUCUACUCUUGUUCAAUACUACGAACAAGUUGUGAAAAACUAUUCACACGGCACGUUCCGUUACGGGCCAUUGCAUCAAAUCAGCUUAGUUGGAAAAGUUCACGAAGAAGUUGGUGGCUAUUUCCCAGAUCUUCUGGGACGAUUGGAAGCGAAUCCUUUUCUUAAUAAGACGAUGCCAUGGGGAGAAAAGUCGAUAGUACAAAUGGAUCCACGAUUAUCGAACGAUGGACCAAUUUUAUGGGUUCGACCGGGCGAACAGCUCGUUCCAACGGCUGAAUUAACAAAAACACCUAUGAAACGACAGCGAACUCGGAUAAAUGAGCUACGUAAUCUACAGUACUUACCCAGAUUGUCUGAGGCGAGAGAAACCAUGUUUGAGGAUCGUACGAAAGCCCAUGCAGAUCAUGUUGGUCAUGGUCAUGAACGAAUGACAACAGCUGCUGUUGGUGUCCUAAAAGCCGUUCAAUGUGGUCAGAAAGACAUGCAAAAUCGCGUAACAAAGGAUGUUGUGGCAUUUUAUGCCGGAGAUUUUCCUCAUUUAGUUGAAAAACUUCAAUUGGAUCUUCAUGAGCCGCCCAUUUCUCAAUGCGUUCAAUGGAUCGAAGAUGCUAAACUAAAUCAGCUGAGACGAGAAGGCAUUAAAUACGCUCGCAUUAACCUAUACGAUAACGAUAUUUACUUCUUGCCACGGAAUAUUAUUCAUCAGUUCCGAACAGUGACUGCCGUUACGAGCAUCGCCUGGCAUCUUCGUUUACGUCAAUACUAUCCAGGGAUAGAGGUGACAAAUGAGCACAACGAUCCAAAUCUCGCCGAAACUCCGCAUUAUAAAGAGAAACAGACAAUUUUACCGCAUCCAAUUAGCGCUGAAGUUGAAAAGAAGACACAGACGCCGGUGAAGCGAUCACACGAUGGUAAACCGAAGAAAGAUAAGAAAGACCCAUGCAAAUCGCCAAUGAUCGAUGAACAAAGCACACCCAAAGAAGUAUGUAUAAAAGCUGAUGAGGCUAAAAUUGAUAUGAGAAAAUUGGUCAUCGAGCAUAAAUCGCAUAAAAAAAGUUCGAGCUCGGGUAGCUCAAGUAAUUCGAUAAAGAAGCAUUCGUCAUCGUCAUCGUUGUCAUCGAGUAUCAGUAAAAAGGAUAAAGAUAAGGAGAAAGAUCGAGAAAAACAUAAAUCAUCGAGUGGCAGUGAUUUGCACCGAUCUCAUUCAUCAUCCAAGAAAUCGCAUUCAUCGGAUAAGCAUCGACGUGACGAAAGCCGAAAAUCAUCAUCGUCAUCAUCGACCAAUCAUUCCUCAUCGUCAUCUGAAAAGCAUAAAUCAAGUGAAACCUCCGCGAAAAAAGAACCGGAGCCACCGAAAGUCCAGACCGUUCCAUUGGAACCAAUUGCCAUGGAUGUGUCAACUGUUCAAACUGAAGAAAUCGAUUCAAAUACGGAAAAGAAUGAAGCUACAUUGCCCGCUCAAGUCUCACCGUCGUAUCCGAUGGAUUCAGUUGAUUCGCCCGCUUCUCCUACACCUGAACAUGCACCUACUUUUGCAAAUCCAGUUGUUCAAAGUCCACAACCACCAGUUAUGCCGUGCGCUACACUUAAACAAAAUCCACCGCCACCACCGCAGCCGCCGUCAUUUGAUAUAUUACCACCGCUACCACCGCUACCAAAAGAUGAAAUACCACCUCCCCCACCUCCACCACCUGAAGAGGAGCCGCAGUCUAGUAAAAGUACUAGCACUUCACCCGAUUCAUCGACUCAACAAGCAUCUCCAGCACCGAAAGUGCGCAAAAAUAACAACGGCGACAAAGCAGCUCCCAGCUCCGAUCUAUUGGGAUCAAUCAUGGCGAGCAUGGAUUCGCCAAGAAAUGCAUCAAAUUUCUAAUUUGAUUUACCGUUAACAAGUGAACCGUUCAACAAAUUGCAAGUGCAAAUUAUUUCUAUUCUGAUGUUUCAUUCAGAUCGAGUGUAUCAAAGAUUCGUGUUUUUAACAAUUGUGUGUUAAUUAACAGUAUCAGACCAUCUAUAUAAAAUUCGGCCGAAUAUAUUAAUUGCAGAAUUUUUAAUUAUUUAACAAACUUAGUGGUCAUUAUAGUUUCGACGAAGUCGCGUGAAUAAUAACGAAUUUCCAUUGGAAUCGAUACAGAAGAGAAUUGUACAUAAAUUAAUUUUAACAUUGAAUCAAUAUAUUUCCUUUUUUUUUGGAUAGAUAGACUGCAAAGGAAUUUUAUGCUAUGGCAUUUUGCACCAAUUCAUUUCAAACUCAGAAGAGAUAAAAAUAAUUUUAUUGACUGAUGUGUAGCUUUUCCUUAUCCUUCUCCUCCAUCAGUUCAAUAUAUUCAAUUGAAUAGUUUCGUUUAGUAGUAACUUUUCUAUACUAGUAGACUUCUAAUUUUCAUUCAUUUUAAGCAAACAAAAUUACAAUGUUGGUCAUAUUAUUCGAGUCGAAUUUUUUUUUUUUUAAUUCAAAAAUUGUAUAUAAAAAUAUUUCGAAGAAACAAAAAUUUUCCAAAAUGAUGCUGCCCAAUAUAAUAUCUAAUAGAAAUGUAGAUAUGUAGGAUUAACGCGCCUGCUGAAUCAAAAAUUUAUAUACAAAAAUUGGCAUUAUAUACCUAUACAAACAAGAAGAAAAAUGAAGAAAACUAUUUAUAAAAUUUGUAAUUUGUAGUAGUGACAGUUAGUAUGUGUCAUAUUCAUCAUGGCAAUAUGAUUUAGAAAUCGAAUUUCGCAUCUAGGAAAAAAACAAAAUCUCACAAAUUGAGAUUUUUUUUUAUUUACAACAUUAAAAAAAAAAAACAGAAUAGUAAACUCAAUUAAGCAAUUUCUAUAGGAGUUUAAACAAAAAGGAGGAAAAAAAAUAAUGAAAUGUAAUAGAUGACCGCUUCAUGGAAAUCAAGUAAUCGUCAAUUAAUUGUAUUCAUGAACAAAGAAUGUAUACCGCGAACAGAUUGUAGAAAAUAGUAUGGAGUUUUCAGAGAGUAGUGAGAUGAUUUUGUCGAAAUUCAUCAGAAUCGGGCCCGCGAAUAAUAAGAAGAAAAAAAAGUGACAAAUUCAAACGCGUAGUAUUCGCUUAUCCGCAGAGACUAAAUUUUAUUUUGUUUAUGAACGAAUGCACUUAAUUAGAGUUGAUUGCUUAAAAACAAAAGUAAUUAAUUUUUAAAUCAAUAAAAAUUAGAUGCACAUGUUUCCUUCGUCCCCAUCCUCCUCGACACCCCUCGUCCCAAACGCAUUAUACAUCACUACCAAAACUGUAAACUUUACACAAAAUACGCGAAAUAAAUUAUGAAAAGAAAAAUCUGUUUUAAUGAUAUACUUAGUCAGUUAAGAGCGCAAACAAAAAUGUUCAUUUAAAAAUCGAUAUGAAAAAUACAAUAAAAAAAAAAUAAAAAUUUAA